GGCGCGAGAGUGCGAAGUUGCGAAGGCGAAAGUGCGAGAGUGCGACGGCGAAGGAGCGAAAGUGCGAAGAUGCGACGGCGAAGCGCGAAGUUGCGACGGCGAGAGUGCGAAGGUGCGAAGGCGAAGGAGCGAUACUACUAUCGCACUCUCGCCGUCGCAACUUCGCACUCUCGCCGUCGCAACUUCGCACUCUCGCCUUCGCCUUUACUGUUUGUAGAGCUCUCUAUCGUUUAAAGAUAAUUUUAACCAUAAAAAAUGGCGUCUCCGGCAGAAGACCAGCUUCUGAGAAAAUAUUUCCAACAAGGACUGUCAUAUAUUGAAAUCCAGAUGUUGAUGUAUUUAAACCACGGUAUUGAAUUAAGUUACCGUACACUGAAAAGGCGUCUAAGAAAUUUAGAUCUUAAAAAAGUUGGAAAUUGGAGUUUAGAUGAAAUCAUUCCUGUUAUCCAGAUGGAGAUUAAAGAAGGCUCAAAGAAUUUAGGUUGCCGUAGUUUAUCUAGAAGAUUAUUUUUAAAACAUGGAAUAUUUGUUGGAAGGAAUACAACAAUGUGUGCCCUUAGAAUUUUAGAUCCAGAGGGAGUGUCCCUUAGGUCACAGCAUUGUUUAUCCAGACGCCAGUAUUAUAACCAAGGACCCAAUUUUCUUGUUCAUAUUGAUGGAUAUGAUAAGUUGAAACCAUUUGGAUUUUGCAUUCAUGGAGCAAUUUGUGGGUUUUCUCGUCGCAUCCUUGUGCAAAUUUGUCAAACUUUUCUCAUUUUCAUGAAUUAA